UGUCGAGAAGGUAUUUUUUCUCUUGAAUGAUUUUUGAAGUGAAGGUCUUUCUUCCGUUGAACCCUCCCACCUUCUUCUUGCGUUGAACGAUUUUUAGGGAAUAAAUGUUUGGCUAAGGUUUUGGUUUAAAUUCAUUGAUUAUCGUGUGAGGUGUGAUGGUAGGUUAGACCCUUUGUCAAAAUACAUUGUGCAGCGUGUUAUAGGUGUAGGUAGAGUGUGUUUGUUGUUUUCAAACGGUUUUGAAACCCUCAAACUUUAGAAUUCCAUUGGGGGUAGUUUUGACAAUUGUUAAUCUUUAUUUUUUAAUUUUAUAUUCCAUUUGCUAUUUUUACAAUUUAAAAUAUUUUUUCUAUUUAUCCAAAUGAAUGCUUAAAUUUUUCUAUUUAUUUGGUCAACCCAUUUAUUUACUUGCUUUUGAAUCUGUUCGAAUAAGGAAAUCCUUAUUGAUAAGAUCAUCGAUUGACCCAAGCUGAUGGGUGAAGACAAAUUUAGGCUCUCUUUGGGGUUGCAAUAAGUGAUUAGGGAAAAUCUUACGGCCUGUACUAAUUGGUAAAAUAAUAGAUUUAUUAAUGGGCUGAUCAGAUAAAUAGCAAAAUUUAAGUUUUCAUUUGGAUAAAUAGCAAAAACUUUUUUAAAAUUGUAAAAAUAGCAAACGGCAUAUAAAAUUAAAACAUAAAGAUUAACAAUUGUCAAAACUACCCCCAAUGGAAUUAUAAAGGUUUGAGGGUUUCAAAACCGUUUGAAAACAACAAAUACCACUCUACCUAUACCUAUCACACACUAAACAAUGCAUUCGGUCUAAUCCACCAUCACACCUCACAUGGUAAUCAAUGAAUUUAAAGCAAAACCCUAACCAAAUAUUUAUUCCCUAAAAAUUGUUCAACGAAAGAAGAAGGUGGGACGGUUCAACGAAAGAAAGACCUUCACUUCAAAAAUCGUUUAAGAGAAGAAAUACCUUCUCGACAACUUCAAGCGCUUGACCUUCGACAUUGAAGCUCCUUCUCGAUAGCUUCAAGCGACAUCUUCAAGGGACUUUUGCACGAUAUCGAAUAUUUCUCCACCGUAUUGAAUCUAAAUACUUGCUUCUAGAUCUUUUAAGCACCUCCUUUAAGCACUUCACUGAUUGCAAACUGCUUAAAUUUUCUGCAAUGCAAUCUGCUUAGGUCUGGAAUCUACUUAAAUUUUCUAAUUCCACACAGCAUUGCAAUUCCCAAAUUUCUUUUAAUCCAUGUAUUGCAAUCGGGUCUACCUCUUGUUUGCAUAUUGAAGAGAUGAAAACAGUGUUGAACGAAACUGUUUAUAGAUAAUAUAUAAAUAUUCCAUUAUUUUUUAAAAAUAAACAAAGAUUUAAUAUUGGUUUUUUAGAUAUCAGAACGUGGUUUAUUGUUAAAUAUUUAGAUUCAAAACUUUUGGGAUAUAAAAUAACGUCGUUUUUUCAGAAGUUGAAAACAGAAACGAUUAAUGAAAAUGAUAUAAAAUCUCGCCCUUUGGUUGUUUGUAUAAAACUGAUAAAUUUACGAUUAAUCAAACAUUACAAACUAUGAAAAAAGAGAAAGUCGAAGGAAAAAUCAGAGCCAACGAAAGAUUAAGAGCAGCUAGAAUAACUGGUGGAAAAAAACAAACAAACAAGCAAAGGGUCAAUAGUUAUCAACAGUGAUGACGAGGUAUGUUUUUAUUUUUAUUUUAAUGUAGUUGAAAACAUCAAAUUUUGAUCAUGUAUGUAAAAUAGGGAAAAUGGAGAUAAUGGUAGGGGGAUCAGACAUAAAAUGUGCAACUCCAAUAACUAGCAACAAAGGAAAGUGAGAUGCUUCUACACUAGUGGUCAAAGUUCAAGCAAACAAAUCAAGGAUAAAGAAUAAGGUUAGAACCAAACAAGAAAGGGAGAAAUGACGUAGUAGAAGAAGAAGAGCAACAUGAACUACAUGAGGGAAAGGUAUGAUAAUGUAGAUUUUAUGAAAUCAUCUAUUAAUUACAGUGUAUUUGUUAAAGUAUAUACAUAAUAUAAUUACCAAAUAAUGAAACGGGAUGAACAAGAUAGUAAUGAGUAUGAAGAGGAAGAAGAGAACCUUGAAGGGACAGGUGAAAAUGUGCAAGAUGAAAGCAAAGACAAUGAAGAAGAAAAGUCACAAAGUCGUGGGGAAACAACACUAUCAGAAAAAAGAUCAUCUAGUGGACAAUCAGACAAGAGGAUGGAAACAAAGAAAGGAAAAGAGCUUGAAAUUUGUCCAUUACUAGCAACCCCACAGGAAAUGACUAUGUCAUAUUUUGCUCCAUUCAUCAACGAGGAAAAAAAGGUCCUGCAAGAGGUCGAAGAAGAAAUGAGCAGAUAUAGGCCGAGAAAGAGAGUGGUUGAACUAUCCUUGAAUAGAAGACUCGGUUUAUCAUUUGACAAAGAUGAAAUGGAAAGGUUUGAAGGAAUAGUGAAAAUACAACAAUUAAUGAACACAAGGAUGGAUGAAAACUUUGAUGCCAUGAAGAUUAGUCAGCAUAUCUUGACGAAGAAGAUAGAUGACUUGGUGGAAUCGUUAAAAAAAAUGAUUGACUACAUGAAGACUAUACAGACUUUUCAAUCACACGCAUCAACAAGCAAUCUGUUUAUGCCUACAUCCCAGUUCGAAAAGGAAUUAGAUGGCAUUGAGAAAGAACAAGAAGAAAAAGAAGAAGAUAAGGGGUUGGUUGAUGCUUUUGAUACUCCUACAAUAAUUCGAAGAAAAGAUGACGACGAGGAUGAAGAAGGCCAAGGAAAUAAGGAUCAUGGAUUGAAAAUACCAUCAGUAGUACACAAAGAAGCAUGCCAUGGAGAUAAAAACAAGGAGUCUGAAGAAAAAGAAAGUAAUGAACUAGAGGUCAAGGUGAAUUGAUAUAAACGUGUUGCAGAUUAUAUCUUUUAACAAUGUAUGAAAAUUGACUAGAAAAAUUGAUUGAGAUGGGACAAUCAAGACGCUGAUGAAGAAAUCAACAAAGUUAUUCGAUCAAUUGAUGAAUGAGAGAUUUACAAAAAGUUGGAGAUGUCAAAUAAGCAAAAGACAAUAGUAUUGAUAUGUUUCUUUAAAACUGUACAAAAUUUAAUUAUUAUUUUUUAACUCCAUGUUAAAUCAAUUAUUUGGACUUUUUAAC